AUGGGAUCAGUCCCUUUCCUUUUAAAAUAUCAGAUAUUGAGCACUGGGAAAGGAAAUUUGGCAAAGAUGACCCAUUUACAAGCUGGACUCAGUCCAGAGACUAUAGAGAAAGCUCGUCUGGAACUGAAUGAAAAUCCAGAUAUAUUGCAUCAGGAUAUUCAGCAAGUCCGGGACAUGAUCAUCACCAGACCUGACAUUGGAUUUUUACGUACAGAUGAUGCCUUCAUCCUGAGAUUUCUUCGAGCCAGGAAGUUUCACCAAACAGAUGCCUUUAGACUACUGGCUCAGUACUUCCAGUACCGCCAGCUAAACCUGGACAUGUUCAAAAACUUCAAGGCUGAUGACCCAGGGAUCAAGCGUGCUCUGAUUGAUGGAUUCCCUGGGGUACUGGAAAAGAGAGAUCACUAUGGCAGGAAGAUCCUUUUGCUCUUUGCAGCCAAUUGGGAUCAGAGUAGGAACUCCUUCACCGACAUUCUGCGGGCUAUUCUGUUGUCAUUGGAAGUUCUUAUUGAGGACCCAGAACUUCAGAUAAAUGGUUUCAUUUUAAUUAUAGACUGGAGCAAUUUCUCCUUCAAACAAGCCUCCAAGCUCACACCUUCAAUCCUCAAACUGGCUAUCGAAGGAUUACAGGACAGUUUUCCUGCUCGCUUUGGAGGAGUCCAUUUUGUCAAUCAGCCCUGGUACAUUCAUGCCUUGUACACACUAAUCAAACCAUUCCUCAAAGACAAGACAAGGAAAAGGAUCUUUCUCCAUGGCAACAAUUUGAACAGCCUUCACCAGCUAAUACACCCUGAAUUCCUGCCCUCUGAAUUUGGAGGGACCCUCCCUCCCUAUGACAUGGGAACUUGGGCUCGAACAUUACUCGGACCUGACUACAGUGAUGAAAAUGAUUAUACUCACACUUCCUAUAAUGCAAUGCAUGUGAAACACACAUCCUCCAACCUAGAGAGAGAGUGCUCACCCAAGCCGAUGAAAAGGUCACAGUCUGUUGUGGAAGCUGGGACGCUGAAACAUGAGGAAAAGGGAGAGAAUGAGAAUACCCAACCUCUCCUGGCUCUGGACUGA